AUGACUACUAACACCGUGCCAACCAAAUCCGAAAUCCUUCGUUCGAUCCCUGACGCCGAGCACCUGCUCCGCUACUACGACGAGCUGUCCGUCGAGCAAAAGGCCAAGUUGGUGGCCCAACUGAAGUCGCUCCACCUGUCCGAAGCCCGCAAAUGGUUCGUCGAGUCGGCCGAGCAGAAACUGCCGGCGACAUCGGAGGAUCUGAAGCCGGUCCCUUUGUCGCAUUACUUCGUGUCCGGGGACAUGCACCGACCGGCGAUGGACACUUACUGGGAGGCCGGAAUGGACGCGAUUGAGCGCGGCGAGGUGUGCGCGAUUGUGCUCGCCGGCGGGCAGGCGACGCGUCUCGGCUCGGACCGUCCGAAGGGCACCAUCCCGUUGGGCAUCGACGCCGCGUUCGGAGACUCGCUGCUCGGCAUCCAGGCCGCCAAGAUUGCGUUGCUCCACGCGCUCGCAGGAGAACGCGAUCACUUGACGCCCGGAAAGAUUCAUUGGGCGGUGAUGACGUCGCCGGGCACGGAGGCCGCCACUCGGGAACACGUGAAGGCGUUGGCCGCGCAUCACGGAUUCGAUUUCGACGAGCAGAUCACGAUCUUCUCGCAGGACGAGAUUGCCGCGUACGACGAGAACGGAGAGUUUCUGCUCGCCACGAAGGGAUCCGUCGUCGCCGCGCCAAGUGAGUUUCGAUGGGGUCCUAUGACUUUGCACGAUUAUUAGGGUUGUCUUGGAGUUUCCAAAACAUGGCUGAUAAUCGUGCAAAGUAACGGUCUCGCUUGUUCAACACGUAAUCGCAUUCUGCAGACGGAAACGGUGGCCUGUACUCGGCGCUCUCGGCCCAUCUGCCCCGCCUGCGCGCGAAGGGCAUCAAGUACUUCCACGUGUACUGCGUCGACAACAUUCUGUGCAAAGUGGCCGAUCCGCACUUCAUCGGCUUCGCCAUCACCAACGAGGCGGACGUGGCGACGAAGUGCGUGCGGAAGCAGAAGGGCGAGCUCGUCGGCUCGGUGUGCCUCGAUCGGGGCCGCCCGCGCGUCGUCGAGUACUCGGAGCUGCCGCCGGAGCUCGCCGACUCAAAGACCGCCGAGGGGAAGUACGUGUUCGGCGCCGGCUCCAUCGCCAACCACUUUUUCACGAUGGACUUUAUGGAGAAGUACGUCUUCUAGACUCUUUCUUCCUUCAAACCCUUUUUUCUCUGCAGAGUGUGCUCGCCGACCGCCCGUCUUCCGUACCACCGCGCGCACAAGAAGAUUGCGUUCGUCAAUGCUCGCGGCGAGCUGGAGAAGCCGACGAAGCCGAACGGAAUCAAACUCGAGCAGUUCAUCUUCGACGUCUUCGAGCACUCGCAAAACUUUUUCAUCUGGGAAGUGCCGCGCAACGAGGAAUUCUCGCCGCUCAAAAACGCCGAGGCGGCCGGAGUGGACUGUCUUAGCACGUGCAAGGAGGAUCUGGCCAGUGAGUGAUUUGGGGACCUUUCUUUUUGUCCCUCAUAGUGUUCAACUUUGAAAGAAAUAUCGAUUUUCCAGAUUUUUACUUGGAAUUUUCUAGUACAAGCAGGAAAACAUGCUGUUCCGAAAUUGUUGUUCGCCAACGUUUAGGCUAGCAAAGUCAGAAUCCGAUUGGAUAAUAGAUAAUCUCAAGAAGAGCCAAAGUUGUCGUGACUUUCUAGAAAUGCACUUUUUUUUGCAGACCUGAACGCGAUUUGGAUCGAGCGCGCGGGCGGCAAGAUCGGGCUCGCCGAGGAAGUGUUCCUGAAGACGUUGUGCUCGUACAACGGCGAGAAUCUGCAGGAGCUGCGACAUCGGGAGGUGUCGCGCGAGACGCUCGACACGGAUCACUCGAUCAACAAGUUCUUCGUCGGCCACUAA